AUGACUCCCAGGCCCCAGUGUGUCCUGUGUGCCAUGCUGUGUUACGACCAGGUGAGCUACAGGAGCACAUGGAGCAGGAGAUGGGCAGACUGACACAGUUACAAAUCAGGUAGGCAUAUAGAACACUGCACAAACUGUACUCGAUUGUUCUUUACUACAUACUGUAGUUGAUUGUUUACUUUCUUUCCACCUCCCGUCUUUCUUUCUUUCUUUCAUUCUUUAUUUAUUUAUUCUCUCUCCACUCUCUCUCGCUUGUUUAGUGCUUCCAGAUGUGGUUGUGAUUAUUAAUAUUUACAGAUAGCUGGAGGGCCCCUCCAUCAUAUUUCCUGUCUCCUUUGUCACUGGAGUAUAAUGUUUACAAGGUGCCUCAUUUUUCUCAGCAUAUUUCAUAACGGCCCUCCUGCCCCAGGCGACACUUCCUACAGCUAGGCCAAUAUAAUGCCUCUAUAAUGCCUGCUCUCAACCCCCAUAAUCAGCUAACAUGCUCACGCACACACACACAAAUAAAUACACACACACACUACCUGCUUAGGCCACAAGAAUGAUUCGUCCAAUAAAGACAUUACUUGCCAAAUCUGCUUAACAACCGUGCUGAGGACAAUAAUGGCUUCAAAUUAAACAUGGCCCUUGGAUAUUACGUGUGUGUGAGUGUGUGUGUGUUGUGUGCGUUUGUAUGUGAACCUUGGAUAUUAGAUAGACUAUCUGUACCACUGGCAUGGAGAAUAAGCAACAAUAAACAGUGUCAAUGUUCAAUAUUGUAGCAUCUGUUUCCUGUCUGGGCACCCUUUAAAUGUUCUCUCUUACUUCCCUUUGACAGUAUUAAUUCAGUGCAGAGGGACCAUCCAUUAGGGGCUUCCAAGGUAAAUAAAAGCACUUAUGGUCACACAUACAUACAUAUUCCCACACAGACACACACUCACACAUGCACACAUACACACACACACACCCUGUCCUUUGUGCUUUGUCCACAGUCCCUCUCACUAUCUCUGCACAUUAAACGUGAGGGAGGAUCCCCCACCUCUUCCCCCUGCCCACCUGAAGACCCCCACUCAGACAGAUACCAGGUAGGUGCUUCACUACACACACACACACACACACACACACACACACACACACACACAUACACGCAUACACAAGAAUACUUAUUUGACGGUUCUUUUGUGAGUAGAGUUAUCUUCUCUUCUUAUUCCACAGACGUUUCUUCGUGUGAGGACCAACAGACAUACAAGACUGAAUGGUAUGUGGUCAGAAAUACAUGUGAUUUCAAAGACAGAGCUGUUGUUGGUUCAGAUGGGUGGGGUAGUUGGGUUGCUGCUUUUGCAAUGGGGUAAUUGGCUGUAAAACUAUAUUCAAAGGCCAAUCAUCGGGUAGGAUAUAUUUAUGGAGAUUUUUAGAAGAUGCAUUAAAAUGGGGGCAACUGAGCAACUAGUAUGACUGUCCCUACAACUGUCACUGAGAGAACUGUCCCUUUUUGACCUAGCACCCACACGAGCAGAGGAUCUAUUAACCCUUGACCUUUCACCUCUUGAUAUGUUAACAGUCGAUGACCUCUGCUGGUGCAGGUGCUACGCCAAACCCACCCCAUUUCGCCCCCACAACGGAAUCCCCCUAACCCCAGACAGCACACAAACUGGUAAGAGACACGAGCCACAAUAUGGCCAACUUUAUACCGCAAUACUUACAUUGAGAGCUAUUCUCACAGACUAGACUCACAGACUAUUUUGUUUAUAAAUUAUACAUUUUGGGGAACAGACUUACGAUUUUCAACCAUAAACACAUUCAUUAAUUUUACACAAGAGCAAAUGAUUUGCUACAUUGUAGCUUGUAGUCUGCUGAUUGUUGGCCAUAUCUUACCUGUGCAGUACACGUGUAUAAGUAGCUACUUCUGAAACCAUGGUUUGUCCAGUAGCCAGUAGAGAAGCCUACCACUCCUCUUCCUCUAUCUCCAGCGUGAAUAGGUUUCAGUUGGCUUUGUUGAGGUCUACUAGCUUUUAUUACAGGUUAUACAGUACAGUAUAAUGCGUUUCUAAAGGGACGUUAGGGAGAAGAUUGGCCUCUUCUAGCUGUUAAUCAGCCUCUCUUUUUUUGUCCAUUUGACAAGAACUGCAUCCCAAAUGGCACCCUAUUCCCUAUAUAGUGUACUACUUUUGACCAGAUCCCUAUGGGCCCUGGUCCAAAGUAGUGCACUAUAAAGGGAAUAGUUUGCCAUUUGGGACGCAUCCAAGGCCUUCAUCUAUUACCAUCUCCUUAACCCUCAUUAUCCGGGUGGGUCAUGGUUAGUGGCUCUCUGUCCCCGGUGGCUACUGUCAUCCUACUGAAAUUACGCUCUCCUAAAAGUUAAUGUCCCCAUAGGCAAUCUGCAGUUAAGAAAACGAUUUAAAAAAAGGAAGUCCACAGUUGUUGUUCUACUGUGUUACGUUUCUUAUUGUGUGUCUCAUUGAGUGUGUGGGGUAGGGUGUGUGUGUGUGUGUGUGUGUGUGUGUGUGUGUGUGUGUGUGUGUGUGUGUGUGUGUGUGUGUGUGUGUGUGUGUGUGUGUGUGUGUGUGUGUGUGUGUGGGUGUGUGUGUGUGGGUGUGUGCAUGCGCGGGUGUGGGUGUGUGCGCGUGUGUGGUGUGUGGGUGGGUGAACGUGUUUAACUAUACUUGUGGGGACCAGAAGUCCCCACAAGAAUAGUAAACAAACAAACAUUUGACCAACUGGGGACAUUUUGUUAGUCCCCACAAUGUCAUAUGCUAUUUCUAGGGGGUUUAGGGUUAAGGUUUGAAUUAGUGUGAGGGUUAGAAUUAGGUUUAGGUUUAGGGUUAGGAGCUAGGGUUAGGGUUAGGGUUAAGGUUAGGGCUAGGGUAAGGGUUAGAGUUAGGGUUAGGCCCUGUAUAGCUCAGUUGGUAGAGCAUGGUGUUUGUGAUGCCAGGGUUGUGGGUUCGAUUCCCACAAGGGGCCAGUAUGAAAAAUGUAUGCACUCACUAACUGUAAGUCACUCUGGAUAAGAGCGUCUGCUAAAUGACUAAAAUGUAACUGUUAGGGAAAAUAGGAUUCUGAAUGGGACUGCAUUGUGUGUCCCCACAAGGUUUGUUAUACAAGACUGUGUGUGCGUGCUUGUGCAUGUAUUCCAGUCUAUAUUUAUCAUUAGGAUCCUCUGUCACAUUUACCCCCAUUGUCAGAAAGCAGAAGCAAUAUCUCUCUACUUUACGUCCUUCCUUCGGGUCUCUAUGUGGGUGUUUACUGUACCAUGUGUUGCUAAUUUACUCCAAAUAAGGAGUUGUGCAGCCAAUUGCUAAUACUUAGCUCUACAGAUAUAUUCUAGCUAACCCUCUCUGCAUGUCUGUCUAUGUUGGUUUUCUUUCAGUCAGGAUCGGCAAGCUGAAAAGGAGGAAAGCUGACGAAGGCCAGGUAUGUUCUUAAAUAGUAACUGCCAUUGUAUUGUAGGCGACAGCAGCAGGUAGACGUUUAUUGUCAUGAGUGUUGUCCUGGAGGCAGAACUGCGCAAUUUCCCCUUAGAUAGGUCAGCUGCAAAGUCAAAAUUGGCUAUAUAAAAAAAAUUCAUGAAAACAAAAAUGUGCUUUUUGUUCUUAAUUUAAGGUUAGGGUUAGGCAUUAGGGUUAGCAGUGUGGGUAAGGUUAGGGUUAAGGUUAAGGUUAGGUUUUAAAUCCGAUUUUAUGACUUUGUGGCUGUGCCAGCUAGUGACCACUGCAGAGCUGCCUCCAGAACAAGAUUCAUGAUGAAAAACGCUAACCUGCGCGACAGCAAGCCUAGCUAUUCCUUGGCAGCCGUCAUAUUGUAUACUGUACUGGAUGUCUUAGAAAGAUUGAUGACGGAUAUGGCAGGUGAAUUGGUCUGGAAACCGGGGUACAGAAAUAUUCAGAGGUUAAAAGAGUGUUGUGCCCACCUGUGCUGAAACCCCUAAUAUUGUUUACUGCCCAUUAGGCUCAGUGUGGCCAUGUGGAAAGAUUAUAUUUCUACUGUACCUUAGGUUACCCCCAGGAGAUACAUCAGUGACAACCAAGGACUAUGAGAUAUGUAUUUGCGUUAAGAAAAAAAUGGUGUGUGUAAAAUGGUGUGUGUCUGUGAGUUUGUGUGUGUCUGGCUGCGUGGCUUCAUCAUGCAUACGUGUCUGUGUGUGUCUUUUCAGGACAUUUUGGUGGACCUGGGAGGAGAGGUGGAGAAGUGGAGUGAGCGGAGGAGGAUACAUAUGACAUCCAUGCUGGGGGGGUUUAAAGGUAAAACACACCCCCCCCCAUACCAGACGCUAUGACUGGGUCAUGGGUCUGGUGCAGUGGGGUGGGGUGGAUAAUGUGACUGAGUUGUGGUUAGAAAGGCACUGAACCUUUCAGUCCAGAUUAUACUCUAGUACCUAUAAGGCUGAAUUGCUCUCACUUACCUAAGAAAGCUCUACCCUAAGUAUGUGGGUUGCAGAUAGGGUUCCAAAAUUCCUGUAACUUUCCCAAAAUUCCCAGGUAUUCCAGAAAUCAUAUUCCUUCAUAAUUCCAGGAAUUUUCCAACCAGGAUGUCUGGAAAACCUGAGGAUAUUGGGAACAUUACCGGAAUUCUUUAACCCUUGUUGCAGAAAAGAGGAGAUACUGUAGGUGACAUGGAGAAAUCUUAUGAAUCACUCCACCCAUUUUGUAGUUUUCAUCAUUUACUACUGAAAAUUGGUAUUAUUUGCUUUUUCUGAGCUUUUCCCUGUCAAGUGUCACCUUUCAAUGGCCUUAAAUAAGCAAAAAAGGCUCACCUCUCAUUGGCCUUGAACAUCUGCUCUUAACACUCAAUAGUCAACAUGACACCGUCCACCAUGUGAGAGUGUGCUAGAUGAAAGUGAGGAUGCCAGAGAGGGUAUGUCCCAAAUGGCAGCCUAUUCCCUUUACAGUGCAAAAGUAGUGCACUGUAAAGGGAAUAGAGUGCCAUUUAUGAUGGAGAUAGAGUCUAAUAAUGAGUCUCUCCUCAGGGUCGGUAUUUGUGAGCAGCAGCACAUCUAAUGAGGGCCGUGGUGACAGUGACGCUGACCUGGACGUUGAUGGAGAUGACACCCUGGACUACGGAAGAGCACAGUAUCCUUCUAAUUUAUAGUCACAUAUAAUUUCCCAAUCUCUGAAAUUCCACAUGAUUGACAAGAAUGUGGCAGCAUUGAAGAAGUUAACAUUGUUGCAUACAGAACAAACAAUUCAACAAGGCAUCAAUGUACCAUUGUUGAAUGCAGCAACAGUCAGACAUAGAAAUAAGAAAUUAACCUACAGUGAGAAAAGCAGGACACACCACAUAAAGUGUAAUAUUCCCCUCAAUUGGAAUGUCCAUUCAACCAAUUAAAUUUCUAUGGUUCCACUGGAGGUUAUGUUUCCUUAGACUAGUGAUCCAGAUAUACAGAGGCAGACAUCAUCCCCUGUUCACAACGGGAGCCUGGGGAGGUGGAGGAGAGGAAAGCACAGAGGGGGGCAGUUUUAAAGUAAGUACAACCACAGGCACUCCCAUGGCUUGUUUCUGUGUUCCAUCACUACACAACAAUGUCUAAUUUCUGUGUUGUUAUUAUUGUCUGCAUGAACUGCCUUAUUAGUUCUAAAUACAGUCCUACUUUUGUUUCUCAGUGGUGGAACUCUGUCCAACAGAGUAACUCUGGAACAUUCAAAAUGGACAAAUGAGGGUGAGAACAGCUACAGUAUCAGUACAUGUGGUUUUGAAUGAGUUCAUGUGUAUUCCUUCAUUAGUUGGAUAUUACACUUUUUCUCAAUUGUGUACAUGCAGGUUUUGGAUCUGUGUUGAAAUGUAUCUAAAGCAGAACAGCAAUGAUCAAAUGCUCAAAUACAUUUACAGAACUUUUGAUAAUUUUUUUGCCUUGGUACCUGACUUGUAUAUCUUAGACCACCUUUUGCAAACCAUUAAAUACAAAUGUCAGCUGUGAAUGUAACUUUUUGGGCAACCCGACCAAAUUCACAUAGAAAUUAGAGUUAUACAUCUCUCAUUGUCAUUGAAAGCAAGUCUAAGAAGUGGUAGAUAUGUUCUAUGUGCGCUAUUUCUAUGCUUCCCGUUCUUAAGUUUAGUUUUCACGUUUUUUACUUUCAAAAUACAAUAUUUUUGGUUAUGGAAAAUAUAUUUCACAGCGGUUUAGAUGGUACAAUUAUACUCUACACAAUGACUGCUUAUUUUGUCACAUAAACUGAAAUUAGGCUAAACUAUUAGAAUGUUAGCAACCAGGAAAUGGCGGAGCGAUAUCUGCAUAUUGCACCUUUAAGUGUUUUGUUCACACAUUGUUUUCAUCAGAAGAGAAAUAUGUGCAAUUGUGUUCAUUAUUUACAGCAAUGACUAAAUACUACUGUACAAAAUUCUCAAUCAUCCCAUCAGUGCCAUACCAUGUACAAUAUAUGGAAAGAUCUAGGCAAUGGGGACUGUCUAAUUGUUCUGAUUUCUUACAAUAUUGCGGACAUGGAGAGUUGCAGAGAAUGAAGUUGGGUUACUUCUAAGUAACUUUGAGUCAUCAUCUCCAACAUUGUGACCUUCUAUUAUAGAGCUUUGGAUUUAGUCCUAUACAUUCAUAUCAGUUGUGUUCCUCCAUUCCUUAUUUCUAUUGUGGAUUGUGUGCACCAAUGGAAAGUCUACAAAAUUAUGAGCAAACCAACCUUCGUAUUGAAUACAUAGAAUUGGAUUGUGAUGAUACCGAUGAAUGAAUCCUAUUUUUAUUUUUUAUUUUUAUCUGGAAUAAUAUUUGAUUUGAUGUGUAUGAAAUAGUUUGGUGAAAUAUGCAUAAAAGUAGAUUAAUUGCCCGUAAUUCUGCACCUGGAUAGUUUUACUUCCAAUUUUGAUUAUGAUGAUUUACUGACUGCACAGAAAAUGUAUUGAUCUACUGGGAUUUUUAAAACACAGACUAACUAUCUGUUUUCUCUGCUUGGACUCAAGAGAUACGGUUGAAGUCGGAAGUUUACAUACACCUUAGCCAAAUACAUUUAAACUUUUUUACAAUUCCUGACAUUUAAUCCUAGUACAAAUUCCCUGUCUUAGGUCAGUUAGGAUCACCACUUUAUUUUUAAAAUGUGAAAUGUCAGAAUAAUAGUCGAGAGAAUGGUUUAUUUCAGAUUUUAUUUAUUUCGUCACAUUCCCAGUGGGUCAGAAGUUUACAUACACUCAAUUAGUAUUUGGUAGCAUUGCCUUUAAAUUGUUUAACUUGGGUCAAACGUUUCGGGUAGCCUUCCACAAGUUUCCCACAAUACGUUGGGUGAAUUUUGGCCCAUUCCUCCUGACAGAGCUGGUGUAACUGAGUCAGGUUUGUAGGCCUCCAUGCUCGCGCAUGCUUUUUCAGUUCUGCCCACACAUUUUCUAUAGGUUUGAGGUCAGGGCUUUGUGAUGGCCACUCCAAUACCUUGACUUUGUUGUCCUUAAGCCAUUUUGCCACAACUUUGGAAGUAUGCUUGGGGUCAUUGUCCAUUUGGAAGACCCAUUUGCAACCAAGCUUUAACUUCCUGACUGAUGUCUUGAGAUGUUGCUUCAAUAUAUCCACAUAAUUUUCCUUCCUCAUGAUGCCAUCUAUUUUGUGAAGCGCACCAGUCCCUCCUGCAGCAAAGCACCCCCACAGCAUGAUGCUGUCAACCUUGUGCCUCACGGUAGGGAUGGUGUUCUUCGGCUUGCAAGCACCCCCUUUUUCCUCCAAACAUAACAAUGGUCACUAUGGCCAAACAGUUCUAUUUUUGUUUCAUCAGACAAGAGGACAUUUCUCCAAAAAGUACGAUAUUUGUCCCCAUAUGCAGUUGCAAACCGUAGUCUAGCUUUUCUAUGGCGGUUUUGGAGCAGUGGCUUCUUCCUUGCUCAGCGGCCUUUCAUGUUAUGUCAAUAUAGGACUCGUUUUACUGUGGAUAUAGAUACUUUUGUACCUGUUUCCUCCAGCAUCUUCAUAAGGUCCUUUGCUGUUGUUCUGGGAUUGAUUUGAUGUUCAUCUCUUGGAGACAGAACGCGUCUCCUUCCUGAGCGGUAUGACGGCUGCGUGGUCCCAUGGUGUAUAUACUUGCAUAAUAUUGUUUGUACAGAUAAACGUGGUACCUUCAGGCGUUUGGAAAUGUCAAGAAGAUGUCAAGAAAAGAGGCACUGAGUUUGAAGGUGAAGGUUUUUUUUUGUCAUUUUAGCAGACGCUCUUAUCCAGAGCGACUUACAGUUAGUGAAUGCAUACAUGUAUUUUUUUUAUUUAUUUAUUUUUUUUUUUUUUCAUACUGGCCCCCCGUGGGAAACAAACCCACAUCCCUGCCGGCCAAACCCUCCCCUACCUUGGACGACACCGGACCAAUUGUGCGCCGCCCAUGGGUCUCCCGGUCAAGGCCGGCUGCGACAGAGCCUGGACACGAACCAGGAUCUCUAGUGGCACAGCUAGCACUGCGAUGCAGUGCCUUAGACCACUACGCCACUCGGGAGUCAAAUUAUGUCAAUUAGCCUAUCAGAAGCUUCUAAAGCCAUGACAUCAUUUUCUGGAAUUUUCCAAGCUGUUUAAAGGCACAGUCAACUUAGUGUAUGUUAACUUCUGACCCACUGCAAUUUUGAUACAGUGAAUUAUAAGUGAAAUAAUCUGUCUGUAAACAAUUGUUGGAAAAAUUACUUGUGUCAUGCACAAAGCAGAUGUCAUAACCGACUUGCCAAAGCUAUAGUUUGUUAACAAGAAAUUUGUGGAGUGGUUGAAAAAUGACUCCAACCUAAUUGUAUGUAAACUUCCGACUUCAACUGUAAGUAGCUAUAGUUGCGUGAAUCUUUUUGCAGGCAGUCGUGUUCUUUUGAUGAAUGUAUUUGCAAUUUUGAUGGUAUAAUAUAGUUUUGAUUAAUGUAUUUAUGUUUUGAGAAGGCAACUACAUUUUGUAAACGCAUUUACUGUUUUGCAAAAGGCCACAGAGUUCUGUGUCUUGUGUUUUGAAAAUCAACAGAAUUGUUCCAAAAAAUGAUUGUAAGCGAUUGAGAAAAACUGUGUGUGGGUGUCACGAUUUAAAAUGAUAGUCCUCUUUUGCUACAGAAAGUCCAUCCACCAGCAACGGAGAAUACAACAAACUUGACAACAGCAUAGCCUCCGUACACACGACCUGUAAAAACAGUGACAUAGAGAUGUAAGUUCUGACAUUUUUUUUGUGAAAAUGUUCUACAUUACCAUUAACUACAUGUUACUGUAAACCUUCCCAAAAAUCCCAACCUAAACUCCAUCUUUUCCCUUAGCUCAGCUUUAAAUCAAGCUUAACUCAUACAGGACAACUCAUGGUGACUGAGUGUGUAUGAAUGUGAGUGUGCCUGUGUGCCUGUGUGUGUGGUACUUGCCCUCCCCCUCUCUCAGGAAUGUUUUCUCUUCCCAUGAUAAAUGAGACAGUGAGUGCUGGCAAUGUGAUUGCUGCUAAAAUUCAUGCUCUAUGUACAUGUCUACCAGCGAAUAAUUUAAUCCAUCUUCGAUUUAUAAAUGACUCUGGUGUCUUCUUCUACUGUCCCCAUCACUCCCUUCCUCUCUCGCUGUGUGUGUGUGUGUGUGUGUGUGUGUGUGUGUGUGUAUGUGUGUGUUCAGGGUCUCUGAGGAUUCUGCAUUGACGACACUCAACGCACUAAAAACUCGGAUACGAGACCUAGAGAAGCAGUUGUCCAGAGGAGACAGAUACAAAUGUCUCAUCUGCAUGGUGAGUAUAUAGCCUGAGUCCCAGCCUGUUUGUGCUGUCAUGCCAACUCCUUGUCACUCAUUAUCAUUGUUUAGCUUGACAAUGAGUAAUUGAGUUGGAUAAGAGCACAAACACGUUUUUCGACCAGGCUAGUGUGUAUAGCAGCACUGGGAGGAAUCUAGUUCAACAGAAGUACUGAAUUGUAUACUGAAAACCUUUCAUUCAACUAAUUAAACACACUAUGAGACCCAAAGUAAACACAUUCCAAUUGAACAAUUUAUUUAAUCUGGACUUUUGAGGAAUGUAUCACAGCUACAGUGCAUUUGUAAAGUAUUCAGACCCCUUGACUUUUUCCACGUUUUGUUACAUUACAGCCUUAUUCUAAAAUGUAUAAUUUUUUUAUCCUCAUCAAUCUACACACAAUACCCCAUAAUGAUAAAGCAAAAACAGGUUGUUAGAAUUUUUCUUAUUUACAUAAGUAUUCAGACCCUUUGCUAUGAGGCUCGAAAUUGAGCUCAGGUGCAUCGUGUUUCCAUUGAUCAUCCUUGAGAUGUUUCUACAACUUGAUUGGUAAAUUAAAUUGAUUGGACAUGAUUUGAAAAGGCACACACCUGUCUAUAUAAGGUCCCACAGUUGACAGUGCAUGUCAGAGCAAAAACCAACCCUUUGAGGUCAAAGGAAUUGUCCGUAGAGCUCUGAGACAGGAUUGUGUCGAGGCACAGAUCUGGGGAAGGGUACCCAAAAAAUGUCUGCAGCAUUGAAGGUCCCCAAGAACACAAGUGGCCUCCAUUAUUCUUAAAUGGAAGAAGUUUGGAACCACCAAGACUCUUCCUAGAGUUGGCCACCUGGCCAAACUGAGCAAUCGGGGGAGAAGGGCCUUGGUCAGGGAGGUGACCAAGAACCCAAUGGUCACUCUGACAGAGCUCCAGAGUUCAUAUGUGGAGAUGGGAUAACCUUCCAGAAGGACAACCAUCUCUGCAGCACUCCACCAAUCAGGCCUUUAUGGUAUAGUGGCCAGACGGAAGCCACUCCUCAGUAAAAGGCAAAUGACAGCCCGUUUGGAGUUUGCCAAAAGGCACCUAAAGGACUGUCAGACCAUGAGAAACAAGAUUCUCUGUUCUGAUGAAACCAAGAUUGAACUCUUUGGCCUGAAUGCCAAGCGUCACGUCUGGAGGAAACCUGGCACCAUCCCUAUGGUGAAACAUCGCGGUGGCAGCAUCAUCCUGUGGGGAUGUUUUUCAGCGGCAGGGACUGGGAGACUAGUCAGGAUCGAGGGGAAGAUGAACGGAGAAAAGUACAGAGAGAUCCUUGAUGGAAACCUGCUCCAGAGCGCUCAGGACCUCAGACUGGGGCAAAGGUUCACCUUUCAACAGGACAACGAACCUAAGCACACAGCCAAGACACCGCAGGAGUGGCUUCGGGACAAGUCUCUGAAUGUCCUUGAGUGGCCCAGCCAGAGCCCGGACUUGAACGCAAUUGAACAUCUCUGGACAGACCUGAAAAUAGCUGUGCAGCGAUGCUCCCCAUCCAACCUGACAGAGCUUGAGAGGAUCUGCAGAGAAGAAUGGGAGAACCACCCCAAAUACAGGUGUGCCAAGCUUGUAGCGUCAUACCCAAGAAGAUUCAAGGCUGUAAUCGCUGCCAAAGGUGCUUCAACAAAGUACUGAGUAAAGGGUCUGAAUACUUAUGUAAAUGUAUUAUUUAAGUGUUUUAUUUUUUAUAAAUUAGAGAGAAGAAAAUUACAACCAGUUUUUGCUUUGUCAUUAUGGGGUAUUGUGUGUAGAUUGAUGAGGGGUUGUAAAAAAAAAAAAACUAUUUAAUCAAUUUUAGAAUAAGGCUGUAGCGUAACGAAAUGUGGAAAAAGUCAAGGGGUAGCUCUCCUAGGUCCAUGUUCCGUUCGUCCUCUCAAGCGGCACUAAUACAGCAGAUACAGACACUUAUCGCCAUCUAGUGACAGCUGUCUCACAUGCAAUCACAGUGUGAACAGGACAGAAUGUGGAAUGUGUUUUACUGUGUGUUAUUGCAUGUAGCACUAUAAUGCCAUACUGUAUGUGAAUCAUUAGCAGUUAUGAUGGUUGAAUACUCCUGUGCUAAAAGCCUUUCCUCGCUUCGCCCCCCCCCCCCCCCCCCCCCCCCCCCCUCUCUCUCUCUCUCUCUCUCUGUCUGUCUGUCUGUCUGUCGCUAUAGGACACAUAUACUACACCCCUCGCCUCCAUCCAGUGCUGGCACGUCCACUGUGAGGAGUGCUGGCUCCGCACACUGGUAAGAAUAAAGAACAACCAAAAGAAAUCCUGUCAGAUAAUGCUAAGCUAAGCAACAUGAUAUAAGAGAUAUUCCAUACAACAAAUUGUAUUUCUGUAAAGCAGUCACACAUUGCUGUGUUUUGUCUCCUAGGGGGCUAAGAAGCUUUGUCCACAGUGUAACACCAUCACUUCACCUGGGGACCUGAGACGG